AUGGAUAUUAUGCAGAAUCAAAGCAUAAAAGAAGAAAUCAAAAUGGACUCAACAGAGACAUCACCAAGCAAAGAAAAAGAAACAACGCAAAUACCCACAUAUUCAACGUCACAACUUUUGAGUUUACCACAAGAAUUAUUCAUGGAAAUUUGCGAAAAUUUACAUCCAAAAGAUUUAUACACGUUAACCUUAGUUUGUAAACAGUUCAGGAUUAUAUUAUGGUCGGAUUCGAUUAAUACACAACAAAUAUGGUGUAAUUCAAGAGCGAAAUUUUUACAUUCACUUAUGAAGCUACCAAAUAGUUUAACUGAGCAAAAAUUCAUCUGGUUAGGGUAUUUAGGUCAAACUUGUCAAUGUUGUGGUCAGGAUCUUGAAGAUAAUAAUCGUAGACGUUUUUGGGAAUUUAAAGUCAUGGUAUGCUCCAAAUGUGCUGAUGAAAAAACCAUCAGUCUUGCAAAGUUGAAGGGGUCGCAUGUAUCAGAGAAAGUUAUAUCGUGUUUACCAUGCAUCAGUGAAACCAAUUUCAGGAAUGAUUUUAAUUUCUUGGUGAAUGCGACAUCACCGGGAUAUAAUGGAACCAAUCCAUACUACUGGAAGAGUGAUGUGUCGCGUGCGAUAGAUGAAUAUAAUUCUCUGAGUGAAGAUAAAAUAGAAGAUUGGAUCAAAGCUAAACAAGACGAAUUGGAAGAUUUUAAUCAAAUUAUUGUAAAUAUGAGGAUCAAAGAAGACGAAAAAGAUAUUAAUAACCUUUUAUGCAAUAUUCUUCUCUCUAGAUAG